GUGUGUUGGUGUGACCGUUCAGCAUGAAGACGACGCUGCUCUUCCUCCUGACGUUCAUCAACUGGACGUCUGCCGACAAUCAAGCCGUGGCAUCCCUCACUCUUGACAGGUCUCAGUAUUUUGAGUACGAGGACAUCACAGUGAAAUGUGAACACAUGGACUCUGAUGAUUGGACAGUGUGGAGAUACACCACGAAGGAUUUACAGAUGUCCCAGUGUAGGCAGGGCUGGGGCGUUCAGGCGACCUCCACCUGUGACAUGAAGACGGUCAAACAGCCAACCAGUGGAGUUUACUGGUGUCAAUCAAAACACGGACACAGCAGCAACGCUGUCAACAUCACCGUCACCGAUCAUCCAGUGAUCCUGCAGAGUCCCGUCCUCCCGGUGGCGGCUGGAGAGAACGUCACUCUGCUCUGUAAAACUAAGACACCUCCCUACAACCUCCCGGCUGAUUUCUAUAAAAAUGGCGACCUCAUCAGUACGACGCCCACAGGUCACAUGACCAUCCACCUUGUCUCCAAGUCUGAUGAAGGAGCCUACAAGUGUGACAUCAGAGGCCGGGGAGAGUCUCCACCCGCCUGGCUGCUGAUUAAAGAUGAUUCGGUGCAGGCGUCUCUCUCAGCGUCUCCCGACUCGUCUCAGCUGAGCGAGUAUGAAAACCUGUUUCUGAGCUGCGGAAACGACAGCAGCUUUCAUGGAUGGACCAUCAAGAGGUUCACUCCCGUAAGCAGGAGGUUGUCCAGCUGUGGAGACGACUGGGGGAAGCACAUGUCCUCUGGCUGCAUCGUACAAACAGUCAAGCAGCUGGACAGCGCCAUCUACUGGUGUGAGUCGCCUGCACGGCAGCGGAGCAACUCCAUAAACAUCACAGUUUACGAUGCUCCAGUGAUCCUGCAGAGUCCCGUCCUCCCGGUGGAGGCGGGAGAGAACGUCACUCUGCUCUGUAAAACUAAGACGCCGUCCUUCAACCUCUCGGCUGAUUUCUAUAAAGAUGGCACUUUUGUCAGGACGACGCCCACAGGUCACAUGACCAUCCACCUUGUCUCCAAGUCUGAUGAAGGAGCCUACAAGUGUGACAUCAGAGGCCGGGGAGAGUCUCCACCCGCCUGGCUGUUUGUCACAGGUGAGGUCAAAGGUGGAGCCGUCCUCUUCGAACCCUCCCUCACCAUGUUAGUCAUCAUCCGCAUCGUGGUCAGCUCGCCAUACGUCGUCUCCACGCUGCUCCUGGUGUCCAUUGUCCGACAGAGGCCCACAGAAAAGGCCCCGCCUGUUUCCCUGACAACGCCCCCACCUGGCGAGGACGAGGAAGGAUUGGAGUACGAAGAUGUUGUCGCUGACGUCACCACCGAGCAUCGCUUCUAAGCUUAACGUUCUCAUGUUGUUUGUUUUUUGUGUUUUUUCUCCUGUAUAAUUAAUCCAAUGAGAUGUUCUCGGCCAGCGAUCUUUUUCUUUUUUGAAAUAAAAAAGGUUUGUGUAGUUUUGCUCAUGUUUUUAAUAAACAUUUUGUAGUAAAUAAAA